AUGGACUAUAACCCUAAUGAUCAAGACCAAAUCCGUAGAGCAUAUCUACAAAAGGGUCCUUGUCAACCUCGUGAUCAUAAUUUCCCACAAAAAGCAUUUGGACAAAAACUUCGACGAUUUAAUCAAUCUUGGUUUAGUGAAUUUCCUAAUUGGUUUCUUCUAAGACAAGGACUUGCAUUUCAUGGUCAUGAUGAAUAUGAAAAGUCUAGUAGCCAAGGAAAUUUUCUUGAACUCUUGAAGUUUCUUGCUGAUUACAAUGAAGAUGUCAAAGCAGUUGCAUUAAGCAAUGCACCACAAAAUCUUAAGUUGACAGCUCCUGAUAUUCAAAAAGAUAUUGUUAGUGUGGCUGUGUUUGAAACUAUCAAUGUGAUUUGUAGAGAGCUUAAUGAUGCACUUUUUUCUCUUUUGAUUGAUGAAGCUCGUGACAUAUCAAUCAAGCAAAUGGUAGUUGUAAUACAUAUAGACAAAAUAGGCCAAUUGAUCGAGCGUUUUAUUGGUAUCGAGCAUGUUGCCAAUACUAUUGCUCUUUCACUCAAGCAAGCUAUGGAAAAUUUAUUUUCUAGACUUGGAUUGAGUAUUUCUAGACUAUGGAGUCAAGGAUAUGAUGGGGCUAGUAAUAUGCAAUGUGAGUUAAAUGGUCUUAAAACACUUAUAUUGAGGAAGAAUCCUUGUGCAUAUUAUGUUCAUUGUUUUGCUCAUCAAUUGCAAUUGGCUCUUAUAGUCGUGGCAAAGAAUCAUGAUCAAAUAGCUUUACUCUUCACUUUGGUUACUAAUGUGGUGAAUGUUGUUAGAGCAUCAUGUAAACAUCGAGAUAUUCUUAGGGAUAAACAAGCAGCAAAAGUUGUUGAGGAACUUAAUAUGGGAGAGCUAUCAAGUGGGCAAGGCUUUAAAUCAGGAAACCAGUCUCAAACGUAUUGGUGA